AUGGACGUACAAAGCUUAUACACCGUUAUCCCGCACGAAGAUGGCGUUGAAGCUAUGCGGCAGGUCUUAACAAGGUCUAUAGUGUAUCAAGGUCCUCCCAUAGAGUUCAUGUUAGAACUCCUUACAUUAACCUUAGAAAACUACUAUUUUAGGUUUGAGGACAGUUGGUACCUUCAAAUAGCGGGUACAUGAAUGAGAGCAACCAUGGCGCCCAUGUACGCCAAUGCGUAUAUGUUUAUCUAUGAAGAAAAACAUCUGCUGGAAAAAUAUAACAAUAGCAUAACAGCUUACUAUAGAUUUAUUGAUGACUUGUUCAUCGUAUGGAAUAACUCGGCCGAGAAAGCACAAAGAAUGGUCAAGGAUCUUACUUCAGACGUCUGUUAAAUUCACUGCAGAUAUAAAUACUGAGAAAAUACAUUAUUUGGAUCUACAAAUCAGCGUGGGACCCUCAAGCCUCCAAUACUCAUUAUAUACCAAGCCUAUGGACAGAAACACGAUCCUCCACUAUCAGAGUGCACAUCCUAGGGCACUCAAAAAUUCGUUACCCAAGGCACAGUUUUUAAGAGUCAUCAUAAAUUCCUACAAAGGGGGGAUGAUCAACAUACCGUAGAGAAAGCGCUUCAAGAAGCACUGAGUGCGCACGCCUCUGAAAAUAGGAAAAAGUCUUCAGUCAAGAAGAAUUGGAAAAUAUUAUCUAGUGACGAGACACUUCCACAGGAAUUCAAAGAAGCUCCACUGGUUUGUUUUAGGAGGAACAAAAGUCUGAAAGACCUUCUGGUCCAUACUGACCCUGUGUGCAGUUAUCAAAAAAUAUCAAAGGAACAGAUAAGGGGAUCGGUCAGAUGUCUGGGAUGUGUUACAUGUAGCCAUAUGACCCCAGCAAAGAAGUUCAACCAUCCUCAUAGCAACACAGUCUACCCUAUUAGAUUUACAAUUACUUGCAAAACCACACAUGUAAUUUAUAAAUUAAGCUGCCCAUGUGGCCUUUGCUAUAUAGGGAAGACAGAAACAGCUAUCUGUGAACGCAUCAGGGGACAUAGGUCCAGUAUUCGACUGGCAUAUAGGGAUGGCCAGUCAGACAAACCGGUAGCAAAACACUUCUUGGAACUAAGACAUACUUUGGCCACAUUAAAGUUUGUGGCGAUAGACCACAUCCUGCUACCAAGAAGAGGUGGCGACCAUGGGAGGAUCCUUCUUAACAAAGAAGCGUUCUGGAUACACGAACUAGACACAUUAUCCCCUAGAGGGUUGGAUAAAUCUCUGUCUCUACACUCCUUCCUGUGAUAAUGCAAUAUUUUCUUUAGCCCUAGCUUGUAUAUAAUUUAUUUUUAUUGAAAGUAGUUAUUGUUGUUGUUUAUUUUAUCUGUUUAUUUUGCUUUACAUUGCUAAGUCAGUAGUCUUCUCUAAAGGGUGUUAACUAUAUAAAUAUUUGUAUAUAGCAAACCAUUAUGUUAGCACCAGUAAUUUGUGGCUUGUGAAAAGGAAUUAUCCCCUAGGCACUUACAAGGAGGCAAUAUAUUUAUCCCAGAGUCUAUAACUUAGCAAAGUUUAAUGCAUUUUAUUGUACAUGAAUUGGAUGCCAUUAUGUUUAUUGUGGUUUUCUUUGGCACUUUAACACAAAUAUACACUUGGUCACUUUAUUACUUAGCACAUAGCACUUUUCACAUUAUAUGGCACUUUAUAAUUAUAUGGCACUUUAGAUUGCCACUUUAUUCAAAUGGCACUUUAUAAUAUUGGCACUUUAAUGCUAUACAAUUUACAGCAAAAUUAUACUUGUUUUUGCACUAUGUACUAUAUACAAUAAUGGUUGAUAACAACAAUUCACAACUACAAUUGAUAUCACUUUGGUUUUUGUCCUGUUAUAAUCUUUGGGAUAGCUUUAUCCCCAUUUAUAGAGCUGUCACUUAUUAAGGCUCCUUUUGCACGGUGGUUAGGAGGUUCAUUGGUGUUAAACGUUGCCAUGGUGACUUUUUUGGUAUAUCCCGCGGCACCAUGGCAACGACGUUAGCGUCACGCAACGACGUCACGGAAAUGGGCGGAGCUAAUGCCACACAUGUGCACACGAUCCGGUAGGACGCCGGCUCCCACACACAACACCUGGGGUGAGUUAGAUUACAAUUAUUGCAUCCUAUAUAUGAAAUGUUUUUAACAUGUAUUUGUGAUCCUGAUGAAAGUCCGCAAGAUGGACUGAAACGAUCUGUUUUAGAAGCUGGAAUAAAAGUUAUAUUUUAAUGGAACUCUGAGAGUGCAACCAACUAUUUUUCUAUUUAUAUAUAUAUAUAUAUAUAUAUAUAUAUAUAUAUAUUUAUAUAUAUAUAUAUAUAUAUACACACACACACACACACACACAUAUAUAUAUAUAUAUAUAUAUAUAUAUAUAUAUUUAUUUAUUUUUUUCAUACUUUUUGUACAAUGAUUGCAAUGUAUUAAUUUUCUUGAGUUAUUGUUGGCUGCCAAUCGAGAUUAUUUAUACUAUAAAGUUUAAAUUUAAUUUCAUAAAUUAUUCUAGAACAAAAACUAUUAAACCACUUAGAGGUUAGCAUUUUUAAAAGAAAAAAAAAACAGAAUCUAUUUUUGUCUUCUGUAUAAUAAAGUAUAUUGUUUUUUUCAUAUCAGUAUGCAAGGAUGGGCACACUUUAAUAAAAAAAAAAAUAUCUUGUUGAUAAUUGAUGCGUUUUUCAAAUUUUUCUGAGCAAUUAUUUUAGAAUAAUGAAAUUAAGUAUUGCAUGAGAUUUUGCCUUAUUUCCCAAGUUCCUAAUCUUUGAUACAUUCCUCUCCAUAUGACACAUUCCCUCAUAUAUGCUGUAACAACAUUAUUGAGCACCUUAUUGCCUUUACAUUAUCACCUUCUUUACAUCAUCAUUUUUACCCUAUAUGUGUCAUAUUGUCCAGUCGAAAUCUUUUACUGCCUAGAAAUGUUACAUUGCCCAGAGUUGCUGUACUUCCUAGGUAUGCCAAACUAUGCCACGAUGCCAUCUUGCCCACAUGAUGCUACCACAUUCUCCCUUACCUUCAGUGCCUACAUUUAUGGCUACAUUCCCUCUGCCUUUAUUGCUCAGAUUUAGUGAACAUUGAAGUUCAGUCUAAGUGACCCACAUUUUUGCUAAUUUCCUUGCCUCCCUCAUAUUUCCCUUUGCUUCCAGUACAUUUAAGCCCACAUACAUUCUCUAUCACUCACACACUGACUCACUCACACCACGUAAAUAUAAGUACGCAUACAUACUCACUCACACCCUCAGAAGUAGGAGCUCCAGCUGCUACUCAAACACUAGACCGUAAGAUCUCCAGGAGUGCACUGGACACAAAUAAUUAGUGUCUGUAUGGCUAGCUAAUUUACAGACACCUACAUGCAUUCUUGUUUAUUUUAAUAACAUUUUAUAUGUAAAGCAAAAAAAAGUAUUGCAUUUACAUUUCUGAAAAUGACUAAUUCUAGUUAUUAAUUCCAAGACUCCUGUUAAGUAAAGCAUUUAGCUCCCUGGCAUGCUUAUCUUAAUAUUGUAUUUCAGGGCUCCUUUUAAUGUUUUUUUUUUUCAGGUAUCCAUGUGACGUUUGAGAAAGGUAGGCCUAUAAUUGCAUGCAUAGUUCCUAUUGUGAAAGUACCGAAUAUAGUUUGUGGUCUUGUAUGGCAGUUACUCAGGUAAACUGAUCCAAUGAAUUCAACAGACUGUUGUAAUCCUCUCCUUUUUCUCACCAUGUGGUCAUACCUGUAGAAUAGCAGCCAGCAGGCAGUUUACUUAGCAUCCAUCACCUUGUUUAAUACACCUUCAUCAGCAGAGCUCUCAUGAACUGUUCUUUUUUUAAUUGAAAUCCAAGGAUUUAGAAACCCAAUUACUCCCAGGAUGAAGAAAAUACAUAAAAUAUUUAUGUAUACGCUUUUUGUCAUUGUUUGGACAUUGUCAUUUGGCCAAGGUAAGGCAAAUAAAAUGUAACCAGCUGAAUGAAAAAAAUUAUAUAAUUAUUUAAAAUUGUGUGGAUAAUUAUAGUUUAAUUAAUGUUUAAUAAAACUUAAUAGAUAUUUUGUGCUGGUGAGAUGAGUUGGAAUUAUAAGUAGAAGUGCAAUAUAGAAAAAAACAUUCACAAAUAGGUUUGUUUACUAUUAAUUUGUAGACAUCUGCCAACCAGAUUGCAAUAUGCAAGGCAAGAUGUGACUACGUUUUCCAAUGUUUCCAAAUGAGCAAUUUUUGCAUGAAUUUUGCAAUUCCUCUAUCCAUUCUCUGUAAUUCCCUCUGCUUUGCUAAAGUAGAAACUUUAGGGAGUUAACAAAGUAAUUGCAAUUUACAUGCCAAAAUAGCUGAAUGUUUUGAAACUUAAUGAUAUUUACAUCUUGGCCAUAUUGAAUAUUGAAUGUCAGUUCUCCAAAAGUCCUAAUUUAGGGAUUGAAAUGUGUAAUGCGUUUUAUAAAGUGUUGUUUUUUUUUUUCGGAAUAGUAAAUUUCCCUGCUAUUAAAUGUUAUCAUGUCGUUGUUAAUACCAUUCUAUAAGUGGAAAUGAAAGGAAAUUGUAUGUGUAUAUUAUUUUACAUUAGAAGGAGAUUUUCAACCAAAUCACAAGAUGACUAAAGGAACCUGAGAUGUAAUAACGCUUGCAUUACAAUCCAAUGUCAUGUUAGCUAUUAAAAAUGUUUGUUCAGUAAAUCAUAUAAUUAAAUUGGACACAAAGGUGUUCAUUUUUUAAGCUUUACAAAUUUUAACAUAAAGAUGGAAAACAAUUAUAGUUUUAAUAGAGAUGGAAAGUAUAGAAUAAGAAUAAAGUUGUAAAGAAGGGGAAAAAGGAAGAUGAAGGUAAUAUUGUAAAAGUUAAAUGAAAAGGUAGUUUUUAUUGAGAACAGCUUUUCACAGUUUUCAAAAUUAUUUUGUAGCCUCAGAUGACCACGAAUUGAGUGGAGAAAGGAAUAAUAAAAUGGGAGAACUGGAAUAAAAAUUGACAAAUUCAGUGGAGUUUAAAAUAUAUCCCCAAUCUGGCUUAGAUUUUUGUCAAUACGUUCCUACUCAUGACAGCUCACUAUUUAGUGAACAGAUCAACAUGUCAAUACUCUGUUAUUCUCUAAACAUAUUAUGACUUUGUUUUUCACAAAUCCAGUGAAAUAAAAAAAAAAAUAGGUUUGGGCACAACCAGUAGUUUCUUUGGCAGGUAGACUUGACAAAGUCUCAAGGUUGCCUAAACAUUGUCUACAUUUUUGUAUUCCACAAAAAAGUCUACCUGUUGAAGAGACUACUAGGUGUACGCAUACCUACUUUUUUGUUCCUCUGGAUUUGUCUGGGCUUUGGCCCUCUGUGUUUUGGAGCUCCCUAGUGGGAGUAAUCCCCAAAAAGUUGUGUGUGCAAGGUCCUCUGAAAAUUCUACAAGACGUUUUCACUAAAGUGUGAAUUACCUGGAAACCAAAGUGAGUUUCCAAUUUUAGGUCAAAACAGUUGAAAUGAAAACAUAUCUGUUUGUGAGAAUCUUCCCAAUGUGGCUAUUUUGGCAUAUAAUUAGAUUUCACUCUGAAUUACUGACAACUCACACUUAGUGUAUAAGCGUGUUAAAAGUGACAAUUCUUAGUAGCAGGUCUUCCUCACUAAUCAAGAAGAAUUAACUUGUGCUCUUCAAUAUGAGAAAUCCACAAACUGGAAAUUACAUCCAGUAAAGGGUUUACUGUAUUAUACAUUAUUUUAAGCAUUCGUUGUCAGCUUUCUUAAAGGACCACUAUAGUGCCAGGAAAACAUACUCGUUUCCUGGCACUAUAGUGCCCUGAGGGUGCCCCCACCGUCAGGGUCCCCCUCCUGCUGGGCUCUGGGGAGAGGAAGGGGUUAAAAUCUUACCUUUCUCCAGCACCAGGCGGGGAGCUUUCCUCCUACUCUCCUCAUUCCUAGCGACGUCAUCGGCUGAAUGCGCAUGCGCGGCCGGUAUUUGUGACUAAGUGGCUACUAACAAAGACUGGACAUACCCCAUUUGCAAUACCUUGGGUUGUCUACUAUUGCAAAUGGUAUGCCAUCAUAGGGGUAAUUUUCAUUCCUGGGCUACCAUACGGUCUCAAAGGCAACGUAACCAAUCUGGCAAUAUCAAUGUGAAAAUACUGAAACACAAGUCUUAUAUUUGACUCUGUAACUUUUGAAAACACCAUAAAACCUUUAUAUGAGGGGUACUGUUAUACUCAGGAGACUUUGCUGAACACAAAUAUUACUGUUUCAAAACAGUAAAACGUAUCACAACAAUUAUAUCGUCCAUGUAAGUGCCAUUUGUGUGUGAAAAAUGCAAAAAAAUGGCACUUUCACUGACGAUAUCGUUAUUGUAAUACAUUUUACUGUUUUGAAACACUAAUAUUUAUGUUACGCAAAGUAUUCCGAGUAAAAUAAAAAAAAGAAGAAUGUAGCGCUUAUAUGGUAAAUCAAUAAGUUAUCACCUUUUAGCAAUUUUAGAGGAGUUGGUGUUCUUGAAUAACCGGCAGAUAGAUGCCUAAAAAGAAAAUAAUCAAAUCUAGUGUAGACGGUAUAUCACUGAAUAAAUUUAAAACAGAGAUUGUUUUAUAAACUCACAAACAAGGAGCUAUAGACCCAGCUCUAGUUUGAAUCGCUUUUGGAUCCGUUUAGGCGAUCCUCCCCUUUUGGUGUUGCAAAUCUUGUCCUGAGGGGGUGAUAAAAGCAGAAACGAUUGCGCAGUACUACUUAUGGGUUUUCAAUUACAUAAUAAAAAUUCCCAAAUGGGUACUUACAAGCCCAGAGUCAAAUAAUAUGACUCAAUUCACAAGUGUUGUGCAGUUUUGGGACUGCACUCCCAUCCAUAAAAGAUGAAUCCAGGUGUCAUGAUCAAAGAAUAAAAACUUAAUUUAUUAUAACAAUGUAUAAAACAAAAAAGCAACAAUGUGCCCAAUACCAGAACGCGUUUCGCCACUACACCAAUGCUAUUGACCGCUAUGCCGCCCAUGCGAUCGCGAGGUCCUCGCAAGGACCUCGAAAUCACAUGGCCCAGGGGGGCCGAAAGGCACAGAGGGGGACUCCCUGGGUUGCCAGGUGAGUCCCCACACCACGAUCGCCGGCGUGGGAUCACAGACAACCGGGUAAGUAGAAAGGACGGCGGGGACGUGCUAUGCUGCCACCCAGCGUUUAGAGCUGGGUCCCCAAGGACGGCAUAACACGUCCGCCGUCCUUAAGGGGUUAAAGUACUCAGUCAUUCUGAAGCUGAGACACUCAUGCUAGACAUACUCGUUUUCCUGGCACUAUAGUGCCCUGAGGGUGCCCCCACCCUCAGGGUCCCCCUCCCGCCCGGCUCUGGAAGGGGGAAAGGGGUAAUAACUUACCUUUUUCCAGCGCUGGGGGGAGAGCUCUCCUCCUCCUCUCCGCCUCCGAUCCUCCCCGCCGGCUGAAUGCGCAUGCGGCAAGAGCUGCUCGCGCAUUCAGCCGUCGCAUAGGAAAGCAUUUACAAUGCUUUCCUAUGGACGCUUGCGUGCUCUCACUGUGAAAAUCACAGUGAGAAGCAGCGCGCCUCUAGUGGCUGUCAAUGAGACAGCCACUAGAGGAUUAGGGGGAAGGCUUAACCCAUUCAUAAUUAUAGCAGUUUCUCUGAAACUGCUAUAAUUAUGAAAAAAUGGGUUAACCGUAGCUGGACCAGGCACCCAGACCACUUCAUUAAGCUGAAGUGGUCUGGGUGCCUAGAGUGGUCCUUUAAUGAACAAAAAUGUUCAGGAAUGUUGGAACUAGUACAGCGAAGGGAAACCCCAGAGUGAUUAAACAAUACCAGUAAUAAAAAAUGUAAGACAUUAUCUCAACUAUAUUCGAUAAUAAAACGUAACUUUUAUUAGGGAGAUUAAAGUGGCACUCUCAACACUACACACAAAUACACCCCUGCAUUUAACAGUCAACACCACGCACAGAUACACUUCUGCAUUCAAACACCAACCCCAACAUAAAUAUUCCCCUGCAUUAAAAUGCAAACAUUAUGCACAAAUACAACACAAAUACACACCUACACCAAACAAAAACACUAUGUUAUGCAAACAAUCCUUCCAGGGGAAAAAAAAACAUGUAUUUUCAAAAAUGAUGGUUAGGGUGCAAUAGAAGAAAAAAAAUGACAGAUUUAAAGAUGGGAAAAAAAUAUUUGCUAAAAGUUAAGUGUAAAAGUGACAGCAACAUUUUGACAAAUCUCCAACCAAGUUGUCCCUGAAAUUUGUAUUCAAAUGUUGGCAAUUUUGAACAUGAUUCUUAAGAAGUAAGUAGACACGGGGUUUGCUAGAAUUUUGUUUAGAAGUGCUGAAUCACUCUCAACUUUGAAGCACCCCAUAAGAUAACAAAGGCCACCCUACUCAUCGACUGGCUGAUUUAAAAAAAAAAAAAAUGAUUUAAAAAAAAAUAUAUUUAAUUGGAGCCAUACAGUAUGAGCAUUGUGAGAGAGUGAGAUCCUUAUCUUGCUGCACAUUUACAUUUACUCUGUAAAACAGAAUGUAUGCGUUUGCUGUGGUAUGCCUAAUGUUGGGGCUGCAAGAGACCCUAAUUUCUUAAAAAGAAUGUGCUGCAUUUUUCUGCUAUUUGAUAACACUAACAGCGUUAUUCACUAAAUACUGGGUUUUGUCCAGACGGAUUAAAUCCGGUGAAAAUGACCACAUUCCAAUGCAAUACCAAUUCUCAUAUUUAUUAUAACCAAAUAUGAUUGUAAUUUGGUUGGAUGCAUUUAGUAUCUGUAUUAAAAGCAGUGCUUUCUCAUUUCAGCCCUGUACAAAGUAUAGAAUUUGGAAGAUUCACUAAACACAGAUAUUGCUAGUUAGUGAAUAUCAUGUAGGAUGCACAUUUACAAAUUAUCGUUUACUGGCUAUUUUGCAAGUGAAUGAUAACCUAAAGAACUAUUUAGCACAGGGCUUCCCAAACUUUUAUGGGCCGAGACACACUUUUAAAAACAGCAAUUUUUUGAGACCCACUCGUUCUUAAUGCAUAUUUAAAAAAUGAAUACAUUUGACCCAUCAUGGAAAUCAGUUUUAGAUUACAUUUAGUUGGCACAUCAUGGCAGCUUUAGAUACAUAAAAUUGGCACACCAUGGCAAUCAGCUUUAGAGGCAUACAGUUGGCACACCAUUGCAAUCUGCUUUAGAUGCAUACAAUUAGUAUACCAUGGCAAUCAGCUUUAGGUGCAUACAAUUGUUAUAUCAUGGUAAUCAAUUUUAGAUGCAUAGAUGUGGCAUAUCAUGGCAGAAUUAGUGGCAUAAUUUUGGUAUAUCAUGGUAGUUUAAGAGGCACAAACUUGGCAUAUGAUGGCAGUUUUAGAGGCAUACUAUUGGGAUAUCAUGGAAGUUGUAAUGGCAUAAUUUUGGCAUGUCAUGGUAGUUUAGAGGCAGAAACUUGGCACAUCAUGACAAUCAGUUUUAGAGGCAUACAACUAGUUACUCACAGACUCAGGCAGAAUCAGAAGCUCUGUGUCCUGCUCUUUCAUCCAGGCACCUCACCUUGAGUAUCCCAGUGAUUGAACUAAUGUAAAGAGCGCUAUGGUGCAAGUACAUUUUCUGGGCCCCCCUCUAGUGCAAAUGUGGCCAAUAGACCCCAUCUCUCGGAGAUGAAGCUAUGCCAGCUGGGGAUCCACCAUUUGCCUAUCCUUGCAGUGUUGUAUUUGUUAUCAGUGUUUGAGCGUUUCAAGGUAAGCAUGUUUUUGUAUGAAGUAUAUGUGUUCAUGUCUGGGUGUAUUUGUAUGUACUGUUGCCAUUGGAAUGUAGUGGUGUACUUGUGUGUAGUGUUUGCGUCUGAAUGCAGGGGUGUGUUUGUAUGUAGUGUUGGAUUUUAAAUGCAGGUGUGCUUUUGUUUGUAGUAUUGGUGUUUGAAUAAAGGGUGUUUGUAUGUAAUUUUAGUGUUUUAAUACAGGUGUGUGUUUGUAUGUAAUGUUUGCAUUUGAUUACAGUGCAUGUGUAGUGGAUGCAGUGUGUGUGUGUAGUGGAUGCAGUGUGUGUGUGUAGUAGAUGCAGUGUGUAUUUUGUGUAUAUAAAAUAUAUAUACAUAUACACAUUGUGUGUUUGAAUGUAAUGGUGUUUGAAUGGAGGGGUGUUUGUAUAUCAUUUUAGUGUUUUAAUUCAGGGGUGUGUUUGUUGCAUUUGACUGCAGUGCAUGUAUAGUGUGUGUAUAUUGUGCAUAUAAAAAUAUGUACAUAUAUACAAUGUGUGUUUGAAUGUAAGCAUGUCUUUGUAUAAAGUGUGUAUGUGAAUGUAGGUGUUUGAAUGCAGGUGUGCAUUUGUGUGCAGUUUAUACACACACGUACAGAGAUACACACUGACACACAUACAAAUACACAGACACACAAAUACACACACUGACACAGCGAUGCACACACAGAGACACAUAAUGUCACAUAGUUACCCACACAGAGAUACACACACAUAUACCGACCCCGACAAAGAUACACAGACACUCAUACACACUAACACACAAUAAACACACUGACACAAAAAUACACAGACAUGCACUGACACAAAAGAACACACACAUACACAUACACACAGAUACAGGAGGUGAGGGUGACUGUGUGUGGAGGAGUUGAGGGUGACAGUGUGUGAGGCGGAGGUGAUGGGGACUGUGAGGGUGACAGUGUGGGGGAGGUGAGUGUGAUAGUGUGGGAAUGGGAGGUGAGGGUGACAGGGUGGGGGAGGUGAGGGUGACAGUGUGGGAGGGAGUGUGUCUGUGCUGGUGACAGAGAAAGGGAGUAGUGUGAGAAAGACUGACAGUGUGGAUGGCAGUGUGAGAAAGGAUUAUAGUUGGUGGGCAGGGUGAUAAAGGGUUACAGUGGGGGGCAGAGUGAGAAAGGGGUAAUGUAGGUGAGCAGGUUGCGAAAGGUUUACAGUGGUGGAGCAGGGUGAGAAAGAGUUACAGUAGGGAGGGCAGUGUGAAACAGGGUUGCAGUAUGGGGGUGCAGGGUGAGAAAGGGUUACAGUGUGGGAGGCAGGGUGAAAAAGGGUUACAGUAUGGGGGGCAGUGCAGAAAAUGGGUGUGCAGGGAGUUCAGCAUGAGAAAGGGUUAUGCAGGGGCAGAGUGAGAAAGGGUAACAGUGGGGGCAUGGUGAGAAAGGGUUCAGUAGGGAGCGCAGGGUGAGAAAGGGUUACAGUAGGGGGCACAGGGUGAGAAAGGGCUACAGUAGAGGGUGCAGGAUGAGAAAGGAUUUCAGCAGGGAUGAAGUGUGAGAAAGUGUUACAGUAGAGGGGUGCAGGGUGAGAAAGGUUUCCAGUGUGGGGGAACGGGAUGAGAAAGGGUUACAGCAUGGGGGGCAGGGUGAGAAAGGGUCACAGUAGGGGGUCAGAGUGAGAAAGGGUUUCAAUGGGGGGCAGUGUGAGUGUCACGGAAGCUACCGUGCCACAGCCUGCUGGGGAGGCAUAACAUCUAGCCUCCUGCCCACAGACUAUGGGCCUGGUCACAGACUUUAAAAUUAUUUAUAGGAUAUGGGGUUACAGUGUGUUAAUGUUAAGUUAUUAUGUAAAAUGUUUAGCAGGAUGAAAGCUAUUGUGUUAAUUGUAUUAUGUAGAAGCUAUUGUGCUAUCAUGUUUAAGCUUGAUUGGAAGAUUGUGCUUGUCCCAUUCUAGAUGUGAUAAAGGUGAGGCUUAAGUAUUGAUCUGUGGGUGGGUAUUGAUGUCUCUUUUGGAUGUGACAUUGGAAUACAAGGCUUGUUCAUACCAAAGGACUCCUUUGAUGGAAUCAAGACAUAUGGCCAAUGAGAGAGUAAGUUUAUACUGAAACCAAAUACAAAAAGAAAAGUCCUGCAUGCACUCCCCUCACUCUUGGUCGGCACCAAUGACUACAGUUCACAUCAGCUAAUAUAUAUAGUAAAAACCAAAGAAAAAAGUUACCUGCACUCUCUCCUUAAUCCCUAUGUAUAUUUAAACAAAUGGAGGUCACUGGAGGGAAUGGCCGCCUGCCAACGUCAAGGCAGACCCCCCUAGACAGGUUCUACUCUGACCCUUUACCUUGCUUCCUUAAGCUUCUGGCAAAAAAUAUCUUUAAUGAGACAGAAAGAGGUAUUUUUUAUAAACACCCCUAUAUACUUUUUAACCCUCAAUAGGGAACACAUGGGAUGGGCGGCAGCAUUGUAACCUAGCUCUGUGAUACAAAAAGUGAAUACAAAUACAAAAAGAUAAGUCCUGCACACACUCCCAUCACUCCUGGGUGGCAGCAAUGACUACAGUACACAUCGGCUCCAAUACAUAUAGUAAAAACCAAAGAAUAAAAGUUACCUGCGCUCUCUCUCUGCUGUAGCUGAAUCCAGAACCAGCAAAGGAUUAGAGAAGCGGCAACCAAGGGACACUAAGAGACCCUGCAACCUGUGACAGUGAUAAAGGGUUACAGUGAGGGGCAGGGUGAGAAAGGGUUAGUGUGAGAAAUGGUUAAAGUAGGGGGACAGGGUGAGUAACGGUUACAGGGGGGAGCAGGGAGGGAAAGCGUUACAGUGGGGGGGAGCGGCUGUGAGAGAAGGGAUUAUAGUGGGGGUGCAGGAAGAGAAAGAGUUACAGUGAGGAGGGGGCAGGGUGUGGGGGGCCGUGCACUACCUUUAUUUUUAAUGUUAUAAAUUCCCUGGUGGUCCACUGUCUCACCCUGGUGGUCCAGUGGGUUAACUCUGUGGUCUGCAGCUCCGCCGGGUGCAGAGCUGCAGACCAUGUGAUAGAAGUCUGGCAAGCUCUGAGAGUGUUGCCACUGUAACACUCUGGGUGCUCGCGAGUCCUCUAUCACAUGGUCUGCAGCUUUGCACCCGGCAGAGCUGUAGACCAGAGGUGCUGGGCUCUUUCUCGGGCAAGCUAAUGGAGGGGCCCGGCAGCUUACAGGUAUUAGUUUUAUUGCUCCCUCACACAUUAUUAUUAAGUUGAGGGGGAUAUCUAGAAUUAGUUAUCUUUUUAAUACACGGUGACUAGGGGAUUAAGGGCACCUAGCCAAAGGAGGGAGUGGGGGGAUGGAUGAGGCCAUGCCACUGUUUUGGAGGCUGAACAAUGGCAUGCUUACCCCCAAUGUUUAAUUAUUUAGAGGCCCCGUCUGCCUACCAUGUGUGCUUUCUAGGGCGGACACUAAGUCUUCCCAAAUAUGGUUUGGCACAGCAGGGGACACUAGGUUUUCCAAUAUUUUAAUUACACCAACCAAAUGGCAGAUGGGGGCAUAAGAAAAUGUUAACCGUUACAGUAAUAUUGGAGUCUUAUUUACCCCAUAGGGAUUUUCUUUAUUAAUAUUUUUUUUAACUAUUUAAUGUGAUGGCUGGCUAGCAGGUGCUACCAACAAUCACAUAGUGUGGAUUUUUUUUUUAAAUGUGCGCUCACAUUUGCAACAUUUGGUCUGGACCAAACUCAUCUCAUUAGUUGCCCUAAUUCCAGGAUCAGGAAAUUGUUAAAUAGUGUAAGCAAUCUCCAGAUUUCCCCAUAAUUAGCCUGAUAGUUUUUCCCAUUAGCUACGGGUAAUUCAAAUUUAGUGAAUAACCCCAACAGUAUUAUAAUGUUAAUAAAUUGUAAAAGUAAAAAUGUUUCAUUGUCGGCAUCCAUUUUUAUUGUGCCAUAAAACUGAACAGUCAACUCUUUGACUCUCUCCUCUCUCCCCGAGAAAGACACCUGAGAAAGACCCAGUGCAGUGCUAAAGCAAAAUAAUAGACACUUUAAUAAAGGAAAUAUUGUAAUUUGCAUUUUCUUUGUUAGUUUUUUUGUUGGAUUUCUAUAAUUUCUACCAUUCUGUCUCAGGAAAGUGACUACAUUCCAAAUGUUUAAUGGGAGAAAGGCUGUCUCUGGUCUGAAGGCAGAGAGAGAGAGGCUUUAGGGCACCUUUGCACUCUUAAAGAGGCACUGUCACUCUACUUCAAAUUAUGAUUGCAAUGCAGUAGAAAAAAUGGAAACAAAAGUCUUCUUCAAAUAGAGAAAAUAAUCUAUUUACUCUUUCAGACUCCCAGACAUCUAAUGCAACAGAAACACCAGCUUCAGCUAUUAACGGACAAAGCCUGCAAGCUACAAGGGAAUAUGCGGUAACAGAAAUAUUGCAGUAUGCACCCAAAGAAAUAGCAACAUCAAAUGUUACUGGACCACACUAUCAAUUUGUUAAUGCAGAAAGCCCACUGAACAUAGAAUCAAAGACUGCAAUUUAUUCAGAAAAUAUUUCAACAGCAAAAAUAACAUUCACUGGAAAAGAAACAACACUAUCUUCUUCUACUAAAAGUGGGCAACAAACAUUAAUGGAUAAAUAUGUUAAAGAUGAAAGUAUGAUAUCAAGACAAGAACUGUCUUUUGCAGAAACAACACCAUAUGCAUACAACACAAUGCCUUCUCGUGUAAAAGCUGAUUUUAUGUCUAAUAUUGUAAAAAUAAAAAUAUUUAGCAAUACAGAAACAAAACAAUAUAUAACUGAUGAAAAAACACUAUCAAAUGUUGCAGAAGAAUCUCUAUCUCCAGAAACAAAUGCAAACACAUUUAAAUACAAUGACAUAUCGACAUCUUUAGAUACCAAGCAUCAAUUUACAAGAACACCACUAACUUUAGAAAAGGAAACAAUAACUUCAACUCCAGAGGAAAUAAGUAUAUCUACUGGUAUAUCUACACCUAUCAAAGCAGAAGCAUCAGCUUUAACAGAAUCCGAGACAUAUUCCAUACAGUCUGAUCCUCAACCUACAUCUACCAAUUCAAACAUUUAUUUUGCUACAGAUAUUGUGCCAUCAUCUACUUUGAAAAUAGUGCCAUCAACAACCAAACAAGCCACCACUACGGCUAUUACACAGGAACAUCUACUAACAACAGUUUCUGAGACAUCUGUCUCCUUGGAAACAUGGUCACACGUAUCACAUGAACUUGCCCUAACUCUCAGUACAGAAAAUGAAAAUCCUUCAUGUAAUGCAGAAACAACACAAACUGUGGACAACGAAGAAAUUAUCUCAACUUCCAAGGAAACUGCAGUAUUAACAACUAUAGGGCCUGACGCAACAACUUUGAAAGAAAGUGAUUAUGUAUCUAGUUUUCCUUUGGAUGCUAAAACAACAUCAGUUUCUUCUACUUUCCAAACAGUGCUGACUGGAUCGGAGGAAACAAAAUUAGAUAUAACUGAUGAAAGGAGAAAGUCAACUCUUGCAGCAGAAUCUAUCUCUCCCGAAAUAAAUGUAUACACAUUUAAAUACACUGACAUAUCGACUUCUCUAGAUACCAAGCUUCCGCUUACAAGAACAGAAACACCACUAACUUUAGAAAAGGAAACAAUGACUUCAACUGCUGAUGAGAUAAGUAUAUCUACUGUUACAUCUACAAUUAUCAAAGAUGAACCAUCAACUUUAAAUGAAUCAAAGACAUAUUCCAUACAGUCUGAUCAUCAACAUACAUCUACCAAUUUUCCUACAGAUAUUGUGCCAUUAUCUACUUUGAAAAUAGUGCCAUCAACAUCCAAACAAGCCACCACUACUGCUAUCACACAGGAACAUCUACUAACAACAGUUUCUGAGACAUCUGUCUCCUUGGAAACAUGGUCACACGUAUCACAUGAACUUGCCCUAACUCUCAGUACAGAAAAUGAAAAUCCUUCAUCUACUGCAGAAACACCACAAACUGUGGACAACGAAGAAAUGAUCUCAAUUUCCAUGGAAACUGCUUCAUCAAAAACUAUAGGUUCUAAGGCACAAACUUGGAAAGAAAGUGAAUAUGUAUCUAGUUUUCCAGUGGAUACAAAAGCAAUAAAUCUGAUUCCUUCUACUUUGCAAACAAUGCUGACUGGAUCAGUGGUACUAAAUUCAGAUAUAACUGACGAAAGCGGACUGACAACUGUUGCAGAUGAAUAUAUAUCUCCAGAAAUAAAUGUAUUCACAUUUCAAUACACUGACAUACAAAGAUCUUUAGAUAAUAGACUUCCAUUUACAAGUACACAAACACAACUAACUUUUGAAAAGGAAACCAUGACUUCAAAUUCUAAGGAGAUAAGUAUAUCUACUGGUCUAUCUACAUUAAUCAAAGACGAACCAUCAACUUUAAAUGAAUCCAAGACAUAUUCCAUACAGUCUGAUCAUCAACCUACAUCUACCAAUUCAAACAUUUAUUUUGCUACAGAUAUUGUGCCAUCAUCUACUUUGAAAAUAGUGCCAUCAACAACCAAACAAGCCACUAUGGCUAUCACAGAAGAAAAUCUACUAACAACAGUUUCUGAGACAUCUGUCUCCUUGGAAACAUGGUCACACGUAUCACAUGAACUUGCCCUAACUCUCAGUACAGAAAAUGAAAAUCCUUCAUCUACUGCAGAAACACCACAAACUGUGGACAACGAAGAAAUGAUCUCAAUUUCCAUGGAAACUGCUUCAUCAAAAACUAUAGGUUCUAAGGCACAAACUUGGAAAGAAAGUGAAUAUGUAUCUAGUUUUCCAGUGGAUACAAAAGCAAUAAAUCUGAUUCCUUCUACUUUGCAAACAAUGCUGACUGGAUCAGUGGUACUAAAUUCAGAUAUAACUGACGAAAGCGGACUGACAACUGUUGCAGAUGAAUAUAUAUCUCCAGAAAUAAAUGUAUUCACAUUUCAAUACACUGACAUACAAAGAUCUUUAGAUAAUAGACUUCCAUUUACAAGUACACAAACACAACUAACUUUUGAAAAGGAAACCAUGACUUCAAAUUCUAAGGAGAUAAGUAUAUCUACUGGUCUAUCUACAUUAAUCAAAGACGAACCAUCAACUUUAAAUGAAUCCAAGACAUAUUCCAUACAGUCUGAUCAUCAACCUACAUCUACCAAUUUUGCUACAGAUAUUGUGCCAUUAUCUACUUUGAAAAUAGUGCCAUCAACAUCCAAACAAGCCACUAUGGGUAUCACAGAAGAAAAUCUACUAACAACAGUUUCUGAGACAUCUGUCUCCUUGGAAACAUGGUCACACGUAUCACAUGAACUUGCACUAACUCUCAGUACAGAAAAUGAAAAUCCUUCAUCUACUGCAGAAACACCACAAAUUGUGGACAACGAAGAAAUGAUCUCAACUUCCAUGGAAACUGCACUAUUAACAAGUGUAGGGCCUGGCGCAACAACUUUAAAAGAAACUGAUUAUGUAUCUAGUUUUCCUUUGGAUGCUAAAACAACAACAUCAGUUUCUUCUACUUUCCAAACAAUGCUGACUGGAUCGGAGGAAACCAAUUCAGAUAGAACUGAUGAAAGGAGACAGUCAACUGUUGCAGCAGAAUCUAUCUCUCCCGAAAUAAAUCUAUACACAUUUAAAUACACUGACAUAUCGACUUCUCUAGAUACCAAGCUUCCACUUACAAGAACAGAAACACCACUAACUUUAGAAAAGGAAACAAUGACUUCAACUCCUAUGGAAAUAAGUAUAUCUACUGGUAUAUCUACACCUAUCAAAGCAGAACCAUCAACUUUAACUGUAUCCGAGACAUAUUCCAUACAGUCUGAUCCUAAACCUACAUCUACCAAUUCAAACAUUUAUUUUGCUACAGAUAUUGUGCCAUCAUCUACUUUGAAAAUAGUGCCAUCAACAUCCAAACAAGCCACGACUCCGGCUAUUACACAGGAACAUCUACUAACAACAGUUUCUGAGACAUCUGUCUCCUUGGAAACAUGGUCACACGUAUCACAUGAACUUGCCCUAACUCUCAGUACAGAAAAUGAAAAUCCUUCAUCUAAUGCAGAAACAAUACAAACUGUGGACAACGAAGAAAUUAUCUCAACUUCCAAGGAAACUGCAGUAUUAACAACUAUAGGGCCUGACACAACAACUUUGAAAGAAACUGAUUAUGUAUCUAGUUUUCCUUUGGAUGCUAAAACAACAACAUUAGUUUCUUCUACUUUCCAAACAGUGCUGACUGGAUCGGAGGAAACAAAAUUAGAUAUAACUGAUGAAAGGAGAAAGUCAACUCUUGCAGCCGAAUCUAUCUCUCCCGAAAUAAAUGUAUACACAUAUAAAUACACUGACAUGUUGACUUCUCUAGAUACCAAGCUUCCACUUACAAGAACAGAAACACCACUAACUUUAGAAAAGGAAACAAUGACUUCAACUGCUGAGGAGAUAAGUAUAUCUACUGGUACAUCUACAACUAUCAAAGAAGAACCAUCAACUUUAAAUGAAUCAAAGACAUAUUCCAUACAGUCUGAUCAUCAACCUACAUCUACCAAUUUUGCUACAGAUAUUGUGCCAUUAUCUACUUUGAAAAUAGUGCCAUCAACAUCCAAACAAGCCACUAUGGCUAUCACAGAAGAAAAUCUACUAACAACAGUUUCUGAGACAUCUGUCUCCUUGGAAACAUGGUCACACGUAUCACAUGAACUUGCACUAACUCUCAGUACAGAAAAUGAAAAUCCUUCAUCUACUUCAGAAACACCACAAAUUGUGGACAACGAAGAAAUGAUCUCAACUUCCAUGGAAACUGCACUAUUAACAAGUGUAGGGCCUGACGCAACAACUUUGAAAGAAACUGAUUAUGUAUCUAGUUUUCCUUUGGAUGCUAAAACAACAACAUCUGUUUCUUCUACUUUCCAAACAAUGCUGACUGGAUCGGAGGAAACCAAUUCAGAUAGAACUUAUGAAAGGAGACAGUCAACUGUUGCAGCAGAAUCUAUCUCUCCCGAAUUAAAUGUAUACACAUUUAAAUACACUGACAUAUCGACUUCUCUAGAUACCAAGCUUCCACUUACAAGAACAGAAACACCACUAACUUUAGAAAAGGAAACAAUGACUUCAACUCCUAUGGAAAUAAGUAUAUCUACUGGUAUAUCUACACCUAUCAAAGCAGAACCAUCAACUUUAACUGUAUCCGAGACAUAUUCCAUACAGUCUGAUCCUAAACCUACAUCUACCAAUUCAAACAUUUAUUUUGCUACAGAUAUUGUGCCAUCAUCUACUUUGAAAAUAGUGCCAUCAACAUCCAAACAAGCCACCACUCCGGCUAUUACACAGGAACAUCUACUAACAACAGUUUCUGAGACAUCUGUCUCCUUGGAAACAUGGUCACACGUAUCACAUGAACUUGCCCUAACUCUCAGUACAGAAAAUGAAAAUCCUUCAUCUAAUGCAGAAACAAUACAAACUGUGGACAACGAAGAAAUUAUCUCAACUUCCAAGGAAACUGCAGUAUUAACAACUAUAGGGCCUGACACAACAACUUUGAAAGAAACUGAUUAUGUAUCUAGUUUUCCUUUGGAUGCUAAAACAACAACAUUAGUUUCUUCUACUUUCCAAACAGUGCUGACUGGAUCGGAGGAAACAAAAUUAGAUAUAACUGAUGAAAGGAGAAAGUCAACUCUUGCAGCAGAAUCUAUCUCUCCCGAAAUAAAUGUAUACACAUUUAAAAACACUGACAUAUCGACUUCUCUAGAUACCAAGCUUCCACUUACAAGAACAGAAACACCACUAACUUUAGAAAAGGAAACAAUGACUUCAACUGCUGAGGAGAUAAGUAUAUCUACUGGUACAUCUACAACUAUCAAAGAAGAACCAUCAACUUUAAAUGAAUCAACGACAUAUUCCAUACAGUCUGGUCAUCAACCUACAUCUACCAAUUUUGCUACAGAUAUUGUGCCAUUAUCUUCUUUGAAAAUAGUGCCAUCAACAUCCAAACAAGCCACUAUGGGUAUCACAGAAGAAAAUCUACUAACAACAGUUUCUGAGACAUCUGUCUCCUUGGAAACAUGGUCACACGUAACACAUGAACUUGCACUAACUCUCAGUACAGAAAAUGAAAAUCCUUCAUCUACUGCAGAAACACCACAAAUUGUGGACAACGAAGAAAUGAUCUCAACUUCCAUGGAAACUGCAGUAUUAACAACUAUAGGGCCUGACACAACAACUUUGAAAGAAAGUGAUUAUGUAUCUAGUUUUCCUUUGGAUGCUAAAACAACAACAUUAGUUUCUUCUACUUUCCAAACAGUGCUGAUUGGAUCGGAGGAAACAAAAUCAGAUAUAACUGACGAAAUGCGAGAGUCAACUGUUGCAGCAGAAUCUAUCUCUCCCGAAUUAAAUGUAUACACAUUUAAAUACACUGACAUAUCGACUUCUCUAGAUACCAAGCUUCCACUUACAAGAAAAGAAACACCACUAACUUUAGAAAAGGAAAAAAUUACUUCAACUCCUGAGGAAAUAAGUAUAUCUACUGGUAUAUCUACAAAUAUUAAAGCAGAACCAUCAACUUUAACUGUAUCCGAGAUAUAUUCCAUACAGUAUGAUCCUAAACCUACGUCUACCAAUUCAAACAUUUAUUUUUCUACAGAUAUUGUGCCAUCAUCUACUUUGAAAAUAGUGCCAUCAACAACCAAAGAAGCCACUAUGGCUAUCACAGAAGAAAAUCUACUAACAACAGUUUCUGAGACAUCUGUCUCCUUGGAAACAUGGUCACACGUAUCACAUGAACUUGCACUAACUCUCAGUACAGAAAAUGAAAAUCCUUCAUCUAAAGCAGAAACACCACAAACUGUGGACAACGAAGAAAUUAUCUCAACUUCCAUGGAAACUUCACUAUUAACAAGUGUAGGGCCUGACACAACAACUUUGAAAGAAAGUGAUUAUGUAUCUAGUUUUCCUUUGGAUGCUAAAACAACAACAUUAGUUUCUUCUAUUUUCCAAACAGUGCUGACUGGAUCGGAGGAAACAAAAUCAGAUAUAACUGACGAAAUGAGACAGUCAACUGUUGCAGCAGAAUCUAUCUCUCCCGAAAUAAAUGUAUACACAUUUAAAUACACUGACAUGUUGACUUCUCUAGAUACCAAGCUUCCACUUACAAUAACAGAAACACCACUAACUUUAGAAAAGGAAACAAUGACUUCAACUCCUGAGGAAAUAAGUAUAUCUACUGGUAUAUCUACAAAUAUCAAAGCAGAACCAUCAACUUUAACUGUAUCCGAGAUAUAUUCCAUACAGUCUGAUCCUAAACCUACAUCUACCAAUUCAAACAUUUAUUUUUCUACAGAUAUUGUGCCAUCAUCUACUUUGAAAAUAGUGCCAUCAACAACCAAAGAAGCCACUAUGGCUAUCACAGAAGAAAAUCUACUAACAACAGUUUCUGAGACAUCUGUCUCCUUGGAAACAUGGUCACACGUAUCACAUGAACUUGCCCUAACUCUCAGUAUAGAAAAUGAAAAUCCUUCAUCUACUGCAGAAACACCACAAACUGUGGACAAUGAAGAAAUGAUCUCAACUUACCUGGAAACUGCAGUGUUAACAACUAUAUCGAAUGAGGCAACAACUUUGAAAGAAACUGAUUAUGUAUCUAGUUUUCCUUUGGAUGCUAAAACAACAACAUCAGUUUCUUCUACUUUCCAAACAAUGCUGACUGGAUCGGAGGAAACCAAUUCAGAUAGAACUGAUGAAAGGAGACAGUCAACUGUUGCAGCAGAAUCUAUCGCUCCGAAUUAA